GUGUGUGUGUGUGUGUGUGUGUUGCGUAUAUGUAUUGUGCAGUGGCGAGCUUGACGUAACGAAUUUAUGUAGGAUAAGCGAUGAGCGAUCGCACACACAGUAACACGAGCUGGUCAACACGAGAAACACGCUGACGAUGUGUCCGUACUUUAUCGCCGGACGUGUCACAGCAAGAGAGAGAGUACCACUUGACGUGCAAUCGCAUAAUUAUUUGAGUAAUUGUUUCGAGUCGUUAAUCAUGAUUCUGCCUAUGAUUGAUCGUAUCUGUCAGGCUGUGCGAAUCUGGUAGUCUAUCAUGUGUGAGUGUGUCUGCGAUGUAUGUGAGAGUGUGUAUGUGCCUUUAUGUGUGUGUGUAUUUUGUAUGCGUGUGGGAGCCUUUGUAAUUUGUACGAAAGUGAAUGAACUAAACGCGGCCAAGUAAAGUGUAACAAAACACGUAAACCGAUCGCGUAUAUUAUACAUAUAUAAAUAUAUACAUACAAAGGAGCUUUGUCGAAUAUAUAACGUACGACGAUUGUAUCGAGAGGAUAUAACGGAGGAAAAAAACAUGCGGUAACGUGUCGCACGCGAACACACAUUUUGUAUGUGCAUUGCGAGGAGGUGGUAUAUAUAAGAUUUUCUCUUUUUGUUAAGUAUCAUUGAAUUUAUUGUAAUGAUAUACUCUUAAGUAACGAUCACGUAAUUAUUGCUUAGAGAGAGUGUUAUUUAUUUUUAUUUGUUGCGAAUUUAUCGAUUGCCUUCCAUUUGAGUAAAAAUAAAUAAAUACAAAGUUAUUUGCUCUCUUGAUAAUAUCGAAUCGCCUACGCUGCUCAUUUCACUAUCGAAGAAUCUUUAAAGAAGUUAUCUUUAGCGAAAAUGACGUUAACUGUUUCUUUUUUUUGUCGAAGUGCAACAAUAUUCGGUGUAACGAUUCUUCGUAUCAACAACCGGUGCAGACAUAGUUAUCAUACCUAAAAUUUAAAGUUGACAUCUGUGAAUUCAAUGAACUCAUAACUCACAUCUCAUAUAAUUUUCGCAAAAAAAAAAACAGUUUUAAAAAAUACAUGUUUUUUCAAAAGUUUUUGUAGAUUUACAAUAUGGAAAGUUCAUAAAAAUUUUUAGAAUAUAAGAAAUUAUAUUUACUGAGAAAAAUGUUUUAACAACAAAUUAUUUAAAUACGAGACUCUGUAGCGAUUUAAAAUAUUUCCGAACACGAUUGUCUUCUUUACUGCCUUAUCGUAGUUUUGUUAUUACAAUUGUACUCGUUUAUAAUUUAUAUAUACGCUGAGAAAAAAAACAGUUGCACAGACAAAAUCGACAUUUACCAGCCAUCAAAGAAAUAUUGUAUUUAUUGAACAAAUUACGCAUUAGCGCAACUAUAAGUUGAGUUGAUAUAGUUACUGACCAAAUCACAAUCGUUGAGUCUAUUAAUAAUUCAUCGUAACAAUUUGAACAUAAUUUGUUUAAUCGACUAAACGUUUGCUUGAACGAAUUUCCUUUAUUCAAGCAAACUCUUAUUAAAUCAAUCACUUCUUUCAGUGUACAUCAGAACUUUCACCGAUAUAUAAUAUGCCGCAAUAACUUCUUAUAUACGAGACCAUACUGGUUUCGAUUUAUUAUCCCCAACACUUUGAGCUUAUAUAAAAGCGCCAGAUAUCAAUAUUGUCAUUAGUUUGCGGUAAUUCCUUGAAAAGCGAAAGAGGAAACGUAUGCAUAGAUAUUGAUAUAAAAAUGAAAACGAUAAGUUUAAAGUUACUACUAAGUAUCGCUCUGAUAUUUACUGUAGUGAGGGAAAUUUAUGUUUCUGACAUUAUUAUCACUGAUACGGAUGUGGGAAACUGCACAUUUGCUUCACCCGAAGAUUCUUUACCAUUCAAUAUAAUGGAACUAAAGGAUUAUAACAUUCUAUUCACUGUUGAUUACAAUUACCGCUAUACUACGUCCGAAAUAUUUGUUCAAAUUUAUCAGGAAACGAAAACUAUACGUCUACACGCUCACAAAUUAAAGCGUAUAAUGUUCGAUCAGAUAUUUCUCACAAAAGUAGCGGAAGAACAGAAAGUACAUUCUCCCGUGAAAUAUCGUUAUUGUAAAAUAUCACAGAUGUUAGACUUGUAUUUUAAAGAUACUAUAUUGCCUGCAUCUUAUCGUCUAGAGCUGAAUUUUGCCGUGCCUAUUACCAUCCAUGGUUAUAAAAAUUAUACUCGGCAUACGGCCUUCAAUUUGACAAAACAUGAAAGGUGGUCUUACACGAAUCUAUUUGAAUCGAUCGCUGCUCGAGGAAUGUUUCCAUGCUGGGACGAACCAGGAAUAAGGGCAACUUUCAAUAUUUCUGUCAUUUGUCCUAAAGAAUACACGGUCUUGUCAAAUAUGCCAGUACAAGCGAACUGGUCAAUGAAGUAUGAUGAAGGUCUAUGGACACGUUUUAUGCCUAGCUCUCUGAUAACUGCUUCUGAAGUGACAAUUGUUGUGAUUGAUAACAAUAUAUUUCGUCAUUUUAAUACUGUGAUGGAUUCCGUAUGGUACUAUCCAGAAUCGUCGAACAAUUUGAGCUUCGCCCUUUCUACAAUUAUUGAUGUAAGAUUGUCCUUGGUCAAAUACACAGAACUGAGUAUAAUACUGGCAAUACAGCACAUCAUGAUUCCUAGUCCACUGAAAGUAGUAGGGUCGCCUGGAUUCAUUAUUUACAGAGAACGUGAUGUUAGCUACCUUGAAGGGUCAGAUUUCGUUGGUGUCAAAAUAAAUGUCGCACAAUUAAUCGCGAAUCAAGUUGCACAUCAAUGGUUCCGUAGAAAUGUCACCCACUUAAUCCCGUUUGACUGGUGGAUAAGAGAAUCUUUUGCGACGUACUUCAGUUAUUUCUUUUCACUUAAGCAUGAUAUAAACAUACAAUUAGAAGAACUUUUCGUAGUUCAAAUUCUACAACCUGUACUCCAUUGUCAUGACAUUACUUUACAAAUGAAUUCCGUAGCACAUGUUAUCCAUGACAUUAUCCACGAUAAUGAGAUUGAUACAGUUCUUUACUCUCGUUUGUAUCACAACAAAGGAGCAGUCUAUCUGCGCAUGUUGCAACAAAUUCUGUCUCCGCAGAAGUUUAGAGAGCGCAUCGGACAAUAUCUGACAAAUCCUACAAUCGACUCGACCUCUGACAACGAUUUGUGGGAGACACUGCAAGGUACAGACGAUGUACAACAAGAAGGAAAUCCUCAUAUAAGAGAUCUAAUGUAUGGUUGGUUACAACAAAAACACUAUCCUGAAUUAUACAUUAAUUUUGAUCGCAAUAACGUGAAUAUCACUACAUUUUGUGAGAGCAGUACUAACUGCGACAUACCCAUAAACAUUCUUGUACAAUCAGGAAGUAAAUUUUAUGAGCAUACUUCGCCACCUAUUUGGGUGCAUUGUAACGAGUCAACAAUUAUUUCUAAGUUUAACGGGAGUUAUUUUUUCAUAUUCAACUUGCGGCAAGUCGGAUAUUAUCGUGUCAAUUAUGCAAAUAGCAAUUGGCAGUUGAUUUCGGAUUAUCUGACCUAUAGCGGUUACACUAACAUACCUGUGCAAAAUCGAGCUCAACUGAUUGACGAUGCGUAUUACUUUACAAUGGCGGGUAAACUCAGCACAUCCAUAUUUUUAAACCUUAUUGAAUAUCUAAAGCGUGAGACUCAUUAUGUAGCUUGGUAUCCUAUGUUCAAUAUUUUAACUUACAUGUCUGCAUAUUGGAAGCUUUCAGCGAGUAGUUCUAUCAAGUCGGCCAUGUUGAAAAUAUUGGAUAAUCUGCUUACGAAUAUAGGAUACGAGGAGAAACCUGAAGAUAAUGGCAUGACGAAGUCAUUAAGAUUAUUAGCAACAAAAUGGACUUGUAAACUUGGUCAUAGCGAAUGCAGGAAAGCUGCCAGUGCUAAAUUGGAAGCAAAAUAUAAUUCUCCGGAUACACAAAUUUUGCCAUGGUGGAAAGAAUGGGUGUAUUGUACAGGUAUAAUGCAAGUCAACGAAAACAUUUGGCAACAAAUUCUGCAUGAAAGCUUUCGAUCUUCAGAUAUAUCUACAUUUAAAUAUUUGGCUUGUACUGAUAAUUUUACACGCAGUACAUAUUACAUAAAUCUCCUUCUCGGUAAAGAGAUAACUGAAUUAAUAGAAAACAAACAGUUUACGGAACAUUUCCAGUAUACUUUAAAGAGAUAUAUGCAGAAUCAUAUGGUGUUUCCAUAUGUCUUAGAAAAAUUUAUGGGAAUAAUAGACAGAUUUUACAAACAUGAAGUGAUAGUUUUAUGGGGUGAUAUCAUAUGGAAUCUUCGUUUUAAAGAUGAAUUUCAAAAGAUAAUGGAGUUUUCAUAUAAGGUUGAGGAAAAUUAUUCAGCAGAGCCAUAUGAAAUCCAGAAGAUAAUAAGAGCACGAAAAGAUGAAUUAAACAAAAUAUACAAGAUGUUUAAUCAUUUUUAAAACAAAAAAGAUUAAACGGUACACAGAUUAAUUGAAAUGACAAAUUAAAAAUAUAAAUUAUGUAUCGCGCAGUUAAAACAAUUAAUCAUGCCUUUUCACGUGCAAAUUAAUUAAUUUAUAAUAGAGUUAUCCUAAAUACAAGUGCCUAAAUGCAAGUGUAAAAUAUUGCAUUAUAUAUAUAUAUUCAUACAUAUGAAUAUAUAUGUGUGUAAU